AUGGAAGCACAGGACCAAAUGGAGUUAAAGUAUAGUGCUGGUGGAGAAGUUGGGGGCCUAGAGCUUUGCAUAGUCUGUGGUGAUAGGGCUUCUGGUAGACAUUAUGGUGCUAUAAGCUGUGAAGGUUGCAAGGGCUUCUUUAAGCGCUCUAUACGCAAAAAGCUGGGCUACCAGUGCCGGGGCAGUAUGAACUGUGAGGUAACCAAGCAUCAUCGUAACCGUUGUCAAUACUGCAGGCUACAGAAAUGUCUCGCUUGCGGCAUGCGCAGUGACUCGGUCCAACACGAGAGGAAGCCAAUAGUGGACAAAGCAAAAGGUGAAACAAGGGACAGUGGCCUGCAUGAAAGACCAGGAGCUGUUUAUUCCAAACUUUUGGGACUGGCCGGUCAGGCACAGGCUGCCCAGAUCAAUCCCAAAGAGGAACCAAGUGAUGCAUUCAGUGCAGUCUCACCAUCAGCCCCUGCACUGAACUUUGCAUUGGCAGCAGCAGUUGCAUUCAACAAAGGCAAUCCAGUGUCCCCAUACCUGAACCCUGGGAGUCCAGGAGAUAUGGAGGGGGCGAGACGUCAACAACUUAUGUUGCAGACGCAGCUGGCUAAGAAUCUGUUUAAGAUGGGGCAAUUUGGUGCAAUAAAUGAAUAUCUCCAGUCAGCUUACUGUGCUACACCACCAGAGGUUCCGUUGGCAGCUUUACAUGCUGCUGAUACACAACAAACUGAAGAGGCGGGCAUCCUAUCGACGCCGGAGUCGCUGCGCUUGCCGCUAACGUUGCCGCCGAGCGCGCCGCCGCCGCUGCGCCUGCACGCUGCGUGCGAGACGGGCGCGCGCCUGCUACUCGCCAAUGCGCGCUGGAUGCUCUGCGUGCCCGCCGCCGCCGCGCUACCGUGUGAGGUGCAGGCGCUGCUGCUGCGCAAGUGCUGGGCGCAGCUGUUUGCGCUGGGGCUGUGUCGGUGCGCGGGCGCGUUGGCGCUGGGCGCGCUGCUGCAGCAGCUGCACGCGCACCUGGCGCGCGAGCAGCGCACACGUGACGCGCACGCGCAGCACGCACCGCAUGCGCCGCUGCCGCACGACACACGUGCGCCGGAGAUAACAAUAGCGGAUUACUCUGACGAGCGUAUAGCUGAGGUCAGUGCGACGCUAUCUCGCUUGCACCAGUUCAUUACUAAUAUGGAGCAGCUCCGUGUGAGCGAGAGGGAACAUGCGCAUCUACGAGCACUGUGCUUGUUCUCACCAGAUGGUGUACCAGACUUCCUGACCCGUAAGCUUCAAGAUUACCAGGCGAAAGUACUUCGCUCUCUGCGUGCGAUCUGCCAGCCAGAUGAUGAGAGAGUAGCCACUCUUCUACUACAGCUGCCCAUACUCCGGAACUUCACCCCAACCUUCAUCGAAGAUGUCUUCUUUGUUGGCUUUGUUGGUGACGUCUCCAUCGAUGAGGUCAUCCCCUACUUGCUGAAUGCUGAACGUUGA